UGGUUGGUGCGUCAGUCAGGCUCGAGACACCCGCGAGAACGGAGCGGUGGUUGCCUCCCUUAUUCGGUACGUACGUUCAAUGCGCCCCCUCCAUCACCCCCUGCCCACCUAACAAGAGUCUCGACUAUCGAGGCAGUGUCGCGCAGAGUGUCGUACGAGGCGUAUUGCUCCGCCUGUCCGUAACCCCUUCGUUAUAUCGGUGUUCCUUUUUAUACAUAUAUAAUAUAUAUCUACAACCCUCGUGUUUCGAUUUGUGCCGCGUUCGAACGAACCGACCUCGGUGAACCUAUUAGACCGGCCAACGAUCGAAACGAUCGUAGAGAGAAAGGAGAAGGCGGGGAAGGAGAAGGAGGAGGAGGAGGAGGAGGAGAAAGAAGAGGAGGAGGAGGAAGAAGAAGAAGAAGAAGAAGAAGCUUCCAUCCAGGAGUUUCUGCCGAUUACACAAAGCGAAUCCCUUAAAGAGAACGAAGACAGUGGCGGAUACGCUACGCUAGCGAGUGAGUGUCCACGGUGCGACUGUCCGACGAUCCAGGCGCGCCAUAAUGGCGGAGGUGGCGACCAAGAAAUCGAUCAAUGUAGUAAGCGAAAGCCGAGAGGAAACAAUAACGACGAGCGCGACAACGGUGAGCUCGCAGAGCGCGAAGGGUGGGACCAAGACGAAGAAGAAGAAGAUCGAGGGCGUCGCCGGUAAUGAUGCCUCGCCCAAUCUCACUCCCCGCACAAAGAAGACCAAAAAGAGCAAGAAGAACGAGCUCGAGAAGGAAAACAUUUCUGUGAGCUGUAACUUGCAAGAGACGAGCAUGCACCCUGGUCCCCGGCAGAUGAACUCGGAAACCCUUGAUUUCUCGGACGAGGACGAUCUGUCGAACGUCAACGUGAAAUCUCUGAAGUCGAGCUUCAAUAAAUUCGACGCCCUCAGCAAGAAGACGGUGCUGCAUGUGCGCUCGAUCGAUGCGGGCAAAGUGCAACAGCAGUUGAACGCCGUGGGUCAGAACGGCGACACGAACCCGAACUGCCGCAGCUGUGGCAAGGUCGUGUUCCAAAUGGAACAGACAAAGGCCGAGGGUCUGGUCUGGCACAAGAAUUGCUUCCGGUGCGUGCAGUGUAGCAAGCAGCUCAACGUGGACAAUUACGAGAGCCACGAGAGCACGCUUUACUGUAAGCCACACUUCAAGGAACUCUUCCAACCGAAACCGGUUGAGGAGUCGGACCAGCCUGUGCGACCUCGAAAGCCGGAGCUGAUCAUACGGGAGAACGAGCCGAAAGAGUUGCCGCCCGAUGUGGUCAGAGCCUCAGACAAACCGGACCUGGGCCUCGAGGAGUUGUCGAGCCUGAACGUGAAGUCCCGGUUCCAAGUGUUCGAGAAGGCCGGCGCCGAGACCACCAACGAGAUCGAAAGGUCGCCGUCGCAGAUCGCCGUGAAGAGGUCCCCGAGUAUCUUGAGCAAACUCGCCAAAUUCCAGGCGAAAGGCAUGGAUAUCGGAGUUGCCGACGAGUCGUUGAAUGGGAUCCCUUACGAAGAGUCGAGCGAGAGCGAGGAGGAGGAAGAGGCGGAGGAGACGGAGGAGGUGGACAACGAGAUCGUGAAGGCGAAACGCGCGACCCGCGAGCGGCCGAUCAGUUUCACGAAAAUGGACGACAUAAAGAAUCGUUGGGAGACGACCAGCCAGCAGGGGAGACGGGAGGUUCAACGGGAGGCCAGGAAGGAGGAGAUAGCCGGAAUUCGUUCGAGAUUGUUCAUGGGCAAACAGGGUAAAAUGAAAGAGAUGUAUCAGCAAGCGGUAGCCGGAAGCGAGCGCGUGACGAAGAUCAAUGCGGCGGAGGAGAUCCAACACUCGACCCACGCUCGUUCCAUCAAAGAGAGAUUCGAACGUGGCGAGCCCAUAGCCGCGUCCGACGACGAGACGGACAGCAAACCGAAACCGGAGAAGGCUGACGAGGAAGUGAUCGCAGCAGGGAUCAGCAGGAAGUCUCGGUCGCUUUUCCUGGAACUGGACGCGACCGCAGCCAAAACUGGAAGACCGGUGACCCCCGUAAAUCCGAAGACACCGGCUGAACAAUCGCGACGCGCCAGAGACGCAUUCAUGGGACGGCAAGUCUCAGACGACGUGGUGCGAAGCUCGGACACAACCGAGGAGGUUCAGGUCGAGACCUCGGACAUUUCGAAUAAGUUCAAAUUUUUCGAGUCGUACAAGGAGCCGGAGAAACAGCGGAAGCAGUUCCGAAUUACCCCUCCCCGCGACGGUCAAGUCAAGAUGGACUCCCCCGAGCGCGAGAUAUACCGCGACCCAGACGUGGUGAGGGCCGACGACAGGGUGAACGAGGUGGUGCACACGGACACGGCGAGGAAGAUGCUCUCCAUCUUCCGGCAAAUGGAGGAGAACGCGUGCAAGAAGGAAUUGCCGAACGGGCCGAAGCCUUUGAAACGUUUCACGCCGCCCCCGGAGGACAAAUACGCGAAGGCGACCGCGUCGGACUCCGAGGAGGACGAGGACGAGGAUGGCGAGGAGUCGGAGGGCGAAGACAGCGGCGAGGAAAGGGAUCCCAACUACGUGAGAGCUUCCGAUAAGGUUGAGGACGAGUUUUUGAAGCAAGCGCAGAACGCUGCCCGCGCAAAAACCUUGUGCGCGAAAUUCGAACACUGGGAGGAGACGGAUGGCAAAACGACGACGAGCAAUCAGCACAUCGCCGAGAUGGAAAUCGCUCAAAAUUCGUCCGGAGAACAGCUGAGCAUAGAGUCCGCGAGCAGUCUGAGAGCCCGUUUCGAGUCCCUCGGCUCGCAAACGAACGAAUCGCCGCGCACACCUAAGGUCAAAGUCAAUCGAUUCGUGGAGAUUCAGGCGAGCUGCGCGGACGUGUGCGAGAGCUGCGAAAAGAAAGUGUACCCCCUAGAAAAGGUGGAGACAAAUAACAAAAUAUUUCACAAACAGUGCUUCCGGUGUCUGCAGUGCAAUUGCGUGCUAAGGAUGGACACGUUCACCUUAAAUAAUGGUAAACUCUACUGCAUCCCACAUUUCAAACAACUGUUCAUCACACGAGGUAAUUACGAUGAAGGUUUCGGCGUGGAUCCACACAAGAAUAAAUGGACGACCAGCUCGAGCAAUCCGACGAGUCCAUCGCCGAUCGCAGUAUCGAAUGGCGAUCUCUGAUUUUGCGAGUUGUAAUUAGACGAAGAAGAAGAAAGGAAAAAGAAAGAAUGAAACGUAUAAAAGCCUCGGAAGGCUGUAAUGUCGAAUAGAGCCAGAAUUGGUCGGGCAUACAAAAAUCCGUGGAUAAUUUCAAUUUUCCAAAGAUGAUUGCCAGGCCAUUUGCGAAUCGAUCGAUAAAUCGUUUUAGCCUCCUCUCGACUUAUGCGACUGAUCGUGCGUUGAUUAUGAUAUUUUAAUCGACAAGACUCGCGACGAGGAUUUUAAGACGUUCCACGUCCUCCCUAUUCCUUGCUCUGUCAUUUUAAGUAUUUUAUUUUUUAGACUUCUAGAUCCCUAUUGCCAAUGCUCUAUUAUAAAUUCCGCUUAAAUAUUUGUUACAUUUAUUAUUAAUAUUAUUAUUAUUAUUAUUAUUAUUAUUAUUAUUAUUAUUAUUAUUAUUAUUAUUAUUAUUAUUAUUAAUAUUAAUAUUAUUAUUUUUUACUUCUAUAACUUUUGGUAUUAUUUUAUUAUAUAUGUUGUAUAAUACAGAAUUUCAUUGCGCUUUAUAAUAC